AUGAGAAAAUAAUUAAAGGUCCUUAAGGAACUCAAAGGAGGUAUUAUAUAUACAAUCUUAAGAUUUAAGUCUUAUUGAAACAGAACAAUAUGAAAAGCUAAUAUCAUGCAUUGACAAAAUACUAGAGAGUAAUAAAACUGAUGGGGUAUUAUACUAUUAAAAAGGUAUUAAUUUUUUAAGCUAUUAUUGAAGGAGUGAUAUUCUUUUAAAAAGAUGAUUAUCAAAAUGCAAUAGAGUAUUUUACAAAAGCAUUAAAUUAUGAUGUUGGAAACAACACAAUAAUAUAAAAUUUAGGUAUUUCACUUUUAAAGCAUUAUAGGAAUCUCAUAUAAAGCUGUUGGUAACUUUUAGGCUGCAUUAGAUUAGUUUAAUAAAAGUUUAGCCAUUCAAUCGAAGAAUACUUAGAUAGCUGUUCUAAAGAGUAAAAAGUAUAGGAUAAUUAAGGUGAUACUCUAAGGUUAAUGAAACGAUUUAAUGAGGCUGAAACUAUUCUUAAUGAACUAUAUCAAAAUGACAGAGAAAAUAUUUAAGUUAUUGAAGGAUUAAUUUAGUUAAAGUUAGAUUAAGAUUUAAUAAGUGAUGCUAUAUCAUACAUUCCAUAAAUAGUAUCUUUAAAGGUAAUAGAUGUUGAACCUCUAUUGUAAAUUGGUAAUUAUAAAAUGAUAUUCUAGUGUAUCGAUUAAUAUAGUCAAAAUUGGAAUAAGAAGCUUUGAAAGUUUUAAGCAAAAUUAUUUAAUAUGAUAAUAAGAACACCGAGGCAUAGUAUAAUUUUGGAGUAAUCCUAUACAAUGGAGAUUAAUUUACAGAAGCUUUGAAAUCUUUUGAAAAGGUUAUUGAAUUAGACUCUUAAAAUACUUCUGCUUUACUCUAUUUGGCUUUAUCAUUCGGACAACUAAAUAGAUAUUAAGAGGCAAUCUAAAUAUUUGGUAAAUUGUUGUAGAUUAACCCAAAAGAUGCAGCAAUUUGGAAUAAUAAGGGUAUAGCUUGUAGAGAAUUGAAAUAAUCUCAAUAAGCUUUGGCAUGUUUUGAUUAGGCUUUAUUAAUUAAUCCUACUAAUCCUCUUUAUAAAAUCAAUAAAGCAUUGUUAAUGAUUGAUAUGAAUAAACCUGAAGGUUUAAAAUUACUUUAAGAAGCAAAGGAUACUUUUAAUUCAGACAUAAAAUUAGAAAAUAAUUAAGUAUUUACAUCAGUUAAUAUCUAAUAUAUGUAAGAAUAAUUUUAAUUAUUGGAAUAAAGUGGAAAAGAAUCUGAUUUAUUAGAUUAAUAGUUAAUUAUUUAAACAAAAAAUUAUGAGAGAAAGAAAAGUGAUUAACGAUUUCAAUCAGUAUAAAAAUAAACAGUUAAACUACCAACUGAAGAAGUUAAAAGUGAGAUUUUAAAUUAAUAAGAUUAAAAAAAGGAAGCUAAUAUAAGUUUUAUUCAGUAGAGUUGUUUAAUUCAAGGAAGCAAUAGUAAUUUAAUUUAAAUAGAAAAUACUCUAAUAGGAGGAUAAUAAGGUAGUUAUAAAAAAAAGAAUACAAGGAUUAAAAUUGAAUAAUUAACAAAUAUGUAUUAAUAAUUAGAAUAAAAAAUAAAUACAAUAGAAUAAUAAAUGCAAUUAGUUGGAUUAGAUAAAAGAGCUGCUAUCUAUAAAUAAUUACAAGAAUUUUAAAAAAGUGCAGAAGGGUUGAAUUAAUUAGCUUAUUAUAAAGCAUUUUUCUGGACUCUUUUUAAUUAUAUUCAAGCUUACACAAAUUAAAGUACUGGACUAUUUCAACAUAAUACUAAUUAAACAAUUGAAACUACAACAGAAAAAGUAGUUGAUAAUUUAGAAGCAGGUUUAGCAAUUGGAGUCAAAAUAUCAGCUUCAGUUCCUUUAGUAAAUAAUGUUUUAUCUGCAGUUCAUUCUGCCAUUCAAACUAUUUUCAAAAUUCAUAAAGACAAUAAACAUUAAGAUAGAAUAGAAGUGAUAAAUGAUAUAGUCUAAAAAAAAGUAAUUGGAUUGAGUGAUUUAGAAUUAUAAAUAUCUAUUGCAGCACUUGAUCUUUCCAUUAAAAAAUUAGAUACUAUCAAGGAUUUAGAAAAAAAAGAGAAGAUUAAACCCACCACCUUUACUUAAGAAAUGGAGAAAAUAAUAUAAAGAAUGAUGGAUUCCAGAUCAUCUCUUUUCUAAGGAGGAGCUAGUUAAAUAGGUUUAGAAGAUGCAUUAAAUUGUCUUGGUUAUUAUUAUUAAAAUGGAUUAAUUGAUGAAGAUUAGGAACUCUCAUAAUAAAUUAUAUAGAUAAUUAUAGAAAAACGAUAUGUUAUUCGCAAAAUUGAUAUAGCAGAAACAAGAGAUUGUCUUUCUUGCAGUUGCUAAAUCUAAUGA